CUGCCAUGUCUGUGAGUGUGUAACAGAGAGAGAGUGUGUGUGUGUGUGUGUGUCUGCAGAUGGGACAGCCCGGACCUGCUUGCCAGCUCAGCCACUGCUGCUCCUGCCAUUCAUCUGAAGAGCGGCGAAGGGGGGAGGCAGGCGAGGCUGGAGCGAGAGAAAAGACAGAAAGAGGGGGGAGAGAAGGAGUCCAGGCCCAAAUAAAGACAUGGGGGCCAGGACUGGGCUGGGUUCCGCUUUGCUAUAAAAACGCUGGCCUCCUUGAGACUCGGGUUUGGUGGUUGGGGCUUGGGACCAGCGACCACCACAGCUGCUGCAGUCUUCCUCGGGGGAGCUACCUCUGCAUACUCACCAUCAUCGUCCUGGUCAUCAUUUCUGGGGGCAUUCAAGAUGCCUCGAGUGGACGCAGACCUCAAGCUGGACUUUAAGGAUGUCCUUUUCAGACCCAAGAGGAGCAGCCUGAAGAGCCGCUCAGAGGUGGAUCUUCAGAGGACCUUUACAUUCCGCAACUCUAAGCAGACCUACACAGGUAUCCCCAUCAUUGCAGCCAACAUGGACACCACAGGAACAUUUGAGAUGGCACAAGUUCUCAGUAAACACACCCUCUUCACAGCCAUUCAUAAACACUACUCUGUAGAAGACUGGAAAAACUUUGCUGCUAGUCACCCAGAGUGCUUAGAGCACGUAGCUGCUAGCUCAGGGAGCAGCAGUGCAGAUCUGGAGAAGCUGUGUGCCAUCCUGGAAGCCGUCCCUGUCCUCAAGUACAUUUGUCUGGACGUGGCCAAUGGCUACUCUGAGUACUUUGUGGAGUUUGUCAAGAAAGUCAGAGAAAAGUUCCCCAAACACACCAUCAUGGCUGGCAACGUGGUAACGGGAGAGAUGGUGGAGGAGCUCAUCCUGUCUGGGGCUGACAUCAUCAAAGUGGGCAUCGGGCCAGGUUCUGUGUGCACGACAAGGAUCAAGACAGGAGUGGGUUACCCACAGCUCAGUGCCGUUAUAGAGUGUGCAGACUCAGCUCAUGGACUCAAGGGUCACAUUAUCUCUGAUGGUGGCUGCAGUUGCCCUGGAGAUGUAGCUAAGGCCUUUGGUGCCGGUGCUGACUUUGUAAUGAUGGGAGGAAUGCUCGCAGGCCAUGAUCAGUGCUCCGGGGAGGUCAUUGAGAAGAACGGCAAGAAGUACAAAUUAUUUUACGGCAUGAGCUCUGACACAGCCAUGAAGAAAUACACCGGGGGAGUUGCCGAGUAUAGGGCAUCAGAGGGGAGGACGGUCGAGGUUCCCUACAAAGGAGAUGUGGAAAAUACCAUCCGGGAUGUGUUGGGGGGACUCCGCUCCACCUGCACCUAUGUGGGUGCCGCCAAACUCAAAGAGCUGAGCCGCAGAACCACCUUUAUCCGUGUCACACAGCAGUCUAGCCAUAUGUUCACUUAAGGGGGUGGUACUACUUUCUCCCAGUAGCAGCAGGACCACAUACAGACCUACACCUCACUUCACCACGCACCUGUUUCUCUCAGGAUAUCUGCUGUCCGAAAGCUUUCAACUCCUUCAGGCUGCAAUUAAACCAACUCAAAAAAUUGACUUGAAUUACCCAGAGGGAUAACAACACUCUACUCUCUUUAAUCUCACAGUGAGUGUGUUUCUAUGCUUGCAGAAACCAAUAAAGUACUGUUGUAAUUUAUGCAGACAUUGUUUUUGAAUGGGAAUGUACAAAUACGCUUCACCUACAACCACCCGGAUAAAUGCAUACCAGUUUUGGGAAACAGCAAUGAAACUACUACAGUAGAGAUCUUUCAGAAACUUGUAUAUAAAGUUGUUACUGGAGGCUAUUUCAACAUUAACAACAUAUCAAGAGCAAGCAAGAAUAUGAGAUUUGUAAAACACACUCAGCAGGAACAUGUUGGUAUUAGUAGUAAGAUCAAUUAUUUUGCUGAAGUGUAUCCUAAAAUGAAUAUGCAAGUUGAUAUGCGAGAUCCAGAGACUCUGGCCUUUAAUUGUCAAGGCAGAAAUUGUGUUGCAAUAAACUGCAUGGAGAACCUUG